AUGCCCAUUGCCACGGCUCGCCCAGCCUACGUUAUUUCUCUGGACAACUCUGACACGGAGACGAGCCAUGCCGGCUCUUCUGCCACGUGUUUUUCUUUCAACGACAAUAGCAGCCCCCUCUUUGACGACGACGGUCUGGACUGCGAGCCGGAGAGUCAGGGCGAGACUGAAAGCCCCCCUGCCCGGAGGAAGGAAAAUUCACUCGCAACCUUGGAACCCGGAUCGCGCUCGAGGCCCACCGCAGGCAAGACACGCGGGAGCACAAGUAGCGCGCAUGACUGCUUGCAGUCUGCGGACUCGGCAGACGCUCCUGUAACUGCUUCCGUAGCUUUCGGAGAUACCACACGAAUCCUGAAGAUCAGGCCUCAGUGGCUACACCUCAUUCUAGCAGGGCAGAAAACACUGGAGAUACGUGGGUCCCCAUGCCCGCACGUGGGUUGGGUGACGCUUGCAGAGGUCAAGACACGAAGAAUCCUAGCAAGGGCUCGAAUUGGACGGAGCCGCCGCUUGACAGAAACAGACAGGCACGAGAACCACGAAGCGCUCCGAGAAAUUUCGUACCCAGCGCCGUGGGCGUGGCCACUGGAGGAAGUCGAGGUCCUGCCUGCCCCGAUCAGCAUUCCCAGCUGGGUGGCGAAAGGCUCCGUGCGAUGGAUUACUCGCGAGAGGUGGGAGGCUUUCGACCGCGACCCGGGCCUCGAGGCGGCUCCAUUCACCCCAACUGCAUGGGCUGCGCGGCAAUCGAAGAGGCGAUCGGCCGAACAGGGCUGCGAGGAUGCAGCCCCUCAGAAGAAGCCCAAGCAGACAAUGGCGCGGAAACGCUACGCGGCCGAGCUCUGCUCCACGCAGUCAUGCAUCUUCAACCCGCAGCGCCCGGGCUCGGCAGCGCGGAGGCCACGCCUGGCCAGCGCGUGCGCGUUUUGCAGCAAGGCGACGAUGCAGACUGCGGCCGGUACGCCAGCCGGGCGAGGUCGUCUGACCAAAGCUCUCAAAGCAUUCCGCACCUGCAGCAACGGCACUGUGCACGAGAGAGCCCUGAAGCGUCUCCGGCACUGGGCACCUGCCCACGCUGCGCGAAUAGAGAAAUCGGCUAGCGGGGGCCAGUGUGCCAGUGACAGUGCAACGUGGGAAAGCUGCAAAGCUCGCCGCAGGCACGUUGCGGCACCUCCCGAUGGCCCGGCCAAGAAGGUCUAUCGUUCCGCAGUCCUGGCGGAUCAGCGCUACGCGAAGAAGCGAUUCUACCCAGAUGCACCACGGCGCGCCCGAGCGUCAGGGUCGGAACUGCUCGCACCCGUCGACAACGACUGCGACCUCCCACCGGCGAGCCGCUCCGAUGUUUCCAUCGGCCUGCAGCGCUGGUGCACAGAGGGGGCCUGGGGAAUGUGUACAAGCUGUCAGAUGCUGCAGAUGCGCCCGCUGCGACCUAGAGACCUGCAAGCAGAGGAACACAAGCCCGAGGUUCCUCGUUCCAGCUGCCGCCGCUGCGGCGCGAAACAUCCGCACGUGGUGCCGCGCCCAGAGGACGUGCCGCUGCCAUUGCGCGAGCUGCCCCACGACGUCGUCCAGGCACUUCGCCCUUUGACGAUCGACGUGGGGCCGGUCACCCGCGCGGACAACGGCUAUCGCAAAAAGGUUCGCAUGACGACCUUUUCUUGGGGGCUGGAGAAGGUCGACGUGAAAGUCGAGAAACUACCUAAGGAGUCACGACGCCUCGCGCGUGCUGCGCUGAAGUUUCUGCGUCGGUCGUCGGACAGUCUGUAUGGGCAUUUUUACGAUCGCCACUGCUCCUUCUUGGACCAGAACGCUUCUGGGCCCACCCCGGAGGUGGCUCGCAGACCACUCCAGUUCAUUGAGGAGCCUGGCCUCGAGAACGCUCUCUGGCCGCACUUGUAUUGGGAUGCUAAUAUGUGCGAGUCUUACGAGCGCCUCAAUCGGCGCCGCUUCCGGCAGCUAGCCGCCACCGAAGAUCCGCAGGGCCAGGCCGAGACUAGCGAUGCCGACGAGGCAGAAGAUGUCGACGAUCGCCGUCACAGCAUCAAGCGUUCCUUCCUCUGCAAACUGCUCAGUCCCCUCCUUGGGUAUGGAUCCGACUUCGAGCUUCUGCAGUUCGUGUAUGACCUGCAUCUGUGGACGGAUCUGGGAAGCAAGCGCAACGUGGCGGACGGAACCGCCAUGCGGAUCAUGAUGCGCGGACACCCGAUGUCUCCGCUCUACUGGAAAGAUGUGAAGAACGGCCUGCAUGACCUCGUCCGCCAGAUAGGCUACCCUCACCUGUAUUGGACGCUGGCACCUUACGAGCGCAGCUUUCCGUACCACGCUUACUUGCUCGACGAGAUGCAGAAGCUGCUGCGCGAGCGAAUGCGACUGCCUGCCUUCGAGUGUCUGCACCUCACGCACACGAUGCUGCAGGUAACUCGCAGUCUUCUGGCCGGGCGCGGAAGGCAUCGCGGCACGGGCUGGACUCGGCAUCUGCUGGGGAAGGGGCAAGGACUAGACGGCGUGCAUUUCUUUACGCGCAUCGAGUUCCAGGAUGGAUCCAAGAAAGCCGGUACACAGCAGUAUCACGGCUCGGGCCGUCCACAUGUGCACGCACUGUUCUGGCUGCGAGAUCCUGCGGCAGUUGACCUGGGGUCAAUCGCAGCAGCAACUGAAAAUCUCCCAGAAGCCGAGAACGAUCUCGCCGCAUUCGUUCGAGGCUCGCAGCGUGAUGAUGCCGGCGAGAGCCGCUGGCCGGUGCAUGACGGUCCGCCGCAGUUUGACCCCGUCACGGGUGGCUGGACCCUUCCUCACACGCCGGACGACGCCGACCAGGGCGUUCGCGGGUACUUCCUCGACAUCAUGGACGCUCUGCGCUGCCAUCAGGACUUACAGUGCAGACAGGGACGUGGUCUCUUGCUGGCGUACGUGGCCAAGUAUGUGGCCACAUGGUCCGACUCCUCGUACGACGAGUGGAUGUCGGACGCGAGCAGCGUCACGAGCCUGUGUCGGAAGAUACUAUUCGAGUAUCACCCGCUCGAGCCUGAGAUGGUCCUGCAGCUGACGCAAGGUUUGCGUCAGUGGGAGUUUGGAACUGUCCAGACUGGUCGCCGGUCCGUACGUGCGCCGCAUCCCUGGGACGAAUCAGCUCAGCAGCCCUUGUUCGUACAAAAAUACAUGGACUGCGCCUGGCGUGGGGAGACCAUGUCCCUGCUGGAGUAUCUGCGUAAAAGUGGGCCGCACGGUGAGAUCGCUGCAUGGCUGCGGCAGCGACACGAGGAGGCGCAGAAUGCUGGCACGCAGGUGGACCUGGAAGAAUUCGUGCGAGGGUACAUGAUGCGUGGAGAGCAAGUCGUGGCAGUCGAUUAUUUGUGGCGGCUGAAUGACCGCUUCUUCGGUCAAUGGUGCAUGAUGCACCUGCCUUUUCGAUCCUUGGAAAUCUUCCGGACCGUCCGGGGUGUAGACAGUGUUCCGGAUCGUUAUCGUGGGUUUGCCACGGCUCUUCUGCUCACAGACAAUGCCGAUGGUCCACAUCGGGGGCACUGGCGUGAUCUGGGUAACUUGGUCCGGGACAUGCAGUUGGAGGGGCACACGGACGCAAUUAUCCGGGACACACGGCUGUUUUUGGAGGCUGUCACAGUCGCUGUGAACGCAUACAUCGACGGCCGCAUCGACAAGACGGAGGAAGACAGUGUGGGCAAGCCUGUGGAGCAAGCUCGCCUUGGCCUGUUCGAAGGCCAGCAGCUGCUGUUUUUCAACGCCAUACAGGAGCGAGUGACUCGCUCCCUGCAAGCACAGCAAGCGACGGACGACACAGACGUUGAACGCAUCUUCUCGCAGCUCCGGGAUCUGCAAAACCGGCCCUUGAUUUGCUCCGGCAGGCCGGGCACGGGGAAGACGACGGUGGCCUUGGAAUGUGCACAGUGUGCACUGGCCGAUGGCGCGGCAGUGCUGGUGACCUGUCCCACAGCUCGGAUGGCAGGCCGCGUGCGCCA